AUGCUCACCGAACAAUUCGUGGCCGCCAUUUCGGCGUCAACCAAGCCAAACACCGGCGUCACCAAAGAUGCCGGCAUUUUCAUCCACGAGUUCCAGCCAUUGGUUGCGCAGAGACAAGUGUUUAAGAAGAGCGCAACUGCGCCAAAUGGCGUCGCUGUGAGCAGCUCGCAUAUUUUCGCCGCUCAGUCGGAAAAGGCGAUUGUUCAUGUGUAUAGCAGAGAAAAGGGCAACCAGGAGGCUUUGGUACCGUUUCCAGAGCGGAUACAUAGCAUCGCCCUCGCGGCGCAGGACAGCGUGCUGCUGCUGGGAACCGAGAGUGGACGAAUAUUGGCGUGGGAGAUCUGCUCCGGUCGCCUCGUCUCUACAUCUACAUCCCACCUGCAGCCAGUAACAUGUAUUGUCGUCGACCCCUCGUCCAACUUCUUCCUAUCUGGCUCCUCGGAUGCCAUGAUACACGUAUGGGCGCUGCCAUCGAUACUUUCCUUCUCGCCUGACGCCUCACGCUCGCCUUUACAUACACUUUCAACCCACCGUGGCCCUAUAUCGUCCAUCGCCUGCGGGCAUAGUUGGAGCAGUGCCAACAUUGCCGUUUCGAUUUCGGGGGACAAGUCGGCCAUAGUUUGGGACUACCAUAACGGCCAAGCGCUGAGGACAUAUCUGCUGCAAGAGGCACCCACUGCAGUCACUCUUGAUCCGGCAGACCGGGCCUUCUACGUUGCUUAUGCCGACGGCAGCCUACAGACCAUCGACUUCUACGAUGAGGUGCAGAAGCACACGUUGCUCGACCUUCUCCGUGAUAGUGCAUCGUCUCACCGCCCUAUUCAACCGUCACCAAAGACCCGGUUCAGUGCCGACUCGCAGAAGCUGGGUGGUGCGCUCAGUCUGAGUUUGAGCUGGGAUGGUACAACAUUGUUAUCUGGCCAUGCAAGCGGUAAGAUUGCGACUUGGGACAUUGCAAAGGCCAAUUAUCUCUCUACACCUGCCAAUCUGCCAGGCCCUGUUUCAAACCUUCGCUUUCUACCACCUGUAGGCUUCCCCAAUACACGGGAGCCAACCUUUAAGAUCCAGACUAUUGUCAAACCGAAACAGGAUGCUGGAAUGACAAGCAGCGGGAAUGGCCUGAUCCCACCAAACUAUACCUUGAACAUGCAGCUGACAGGCCGGCUGCACAUUCCUCACUUGUCUGCCACUGAGAACAAGUCUACGAGGAAGAGUGCAUUCAAAGAGGCUCUCACCCACCCCUGCUUUCCUACCGACAUGCUGGAAGAGAGCUUAGCCGAAUUGGACUCAUGGAACGCCCAGAACAAAGGCGGCUCUGCUCCAGCGGCCGACUUCAUGGCACUCGAUGAAGAUAGUACUAGUGGGUCCAUAUCAGCAGGUGAUGCUCAGCAAGCAGAAGUCAAAGAGUUGAAGAAGCAGCUAGCCAGUCUGCAACGCAUUCAAAAGGUCACUUUCUCGCAAUUAGCAGAAUUGCGCCAGGAAAAGGACUACUUUGUUCGCCAAGCAAAGAAGAGGGCUGACCGUGCCAAAGUUCGUGCGAAAAAUAAUAUGGGCCUAGCCCACAAUGGCGCAAACGAUAGUCAUGCAGGCGGCGACGUGGAGAUGAACGACUGCACUGACGCCACCUCCGAGUCAGAAUCAGACGAUAUUGAUGCGGCUGACGAGUCUUGA